AUUUGUGCACUGCAGGAAAGAUGAGCACGGAGGAUGCUGAACCCAGGACUUCCCCCACCCUCAGCCUGGCUUUCGUGACCAACACCACCUUGGGGGACCUUGCUCCAGCCAGCCCUCUGCCCGCGGGGGAGAUCCCACAGCCUCUGUCCAUCAUCAUUGCUCUGGCCUGCAUCUUCCUUCUGCUGGCGACCUUCCUACUUUUUGUCACCCUCUGCAAGCCGGCAGCCAUGGACCCUUCCCGCCACAGCCCUCAUGAAUGCAUGCCCUACCACCCGGAGACGCCCAGCGAGCCCCAGCUGCGCUUCUGGAAGCGCCUCGGCUCCCUGCGCCAAUCUAUCCACAGCUUUCGCCGGGGCCGGCCCGGCUCCCAGCACCCGGGGCCGGCCGCCCACCAGCCCCUCCGUGGUCAGGAUUGGGGCUUGAUGGAAUCAACCAAGAUGUGACAGGGGAGAGUGAGGGCCUAGGGGUCGGUCUGUCCCCGAGUGACAAGUGCAGGUGGGGCAACGUCCCCAAAAGCUGGUCUAGUGGGCAGCCCACCUCCACGGUGACCCCACCCGCCCCCAAUUCAACCCUCCUACCCUUAGAAAAAGCAAAAGAAAAGCUCCAAGCCCUUAGGUACAACUGUCCUAGCCCAGAUGUAGAUUUUGGAGGUGGUCGUUUGCUUCCCACUGGAAGUGGGUCUAUCUGGGGACAAAUUGGAGAAUUAGCAGAUGUACCCAGCAAGCAAAGCACAGAGUUCCCUUGGAGACCCCUUUGGUGAAGGGGCAAUGUUUUCUGAAAGCCCAUUCUCAGCGUCCCCAACUUUCCUUUGAAAAGCCGCCUCUUGGCUGUGGAAGACACAACUUUCUGUCCCUUCUUCCAGCCGCCUCCUUCCUGGCUUCAGGGGA